AUUUAUUUAUCGCGGCAGAUUAUCAGUGUACCGCGUAAUAUUUGCAUUUCACUCUUCCCCGGUUAUCGCUUCUCCCCUCGUCUUCUUUUACCGUCCAAUUCAUGAAUGGGGGAUGGGACCCCAUUCACGUGGGAUCGGGGGGUUGAAGCUUUCCCUAACAACAGAGAAACAAGCACGCAUAAACAAGGGCUUGGCGCAGUCCGUGACACGAAUCGGACAAUUAUUGAUAAUUCGUUUUCAGGUCUCAGACUGACGAGACGCGAUGGUGCUGUUCGAUGAAGCGAGGAAGCUGAUGAACGACAUGAUGAAGAUAACGAUCUUCCAGCCGUCCGAGAAACGCCGAAUGCUGGAGGAUGAAAGGAAGACCUUUCUGGAUCCGAAUCUGGUUAUGGAUGCGAGGCACAGGAUAUUUCGCGAAGACCUGGCCAGUUCUCCAGCGAUUAAGUCUUCUGUCCUGACAGAGGCUCGAAGAUUACUGACGAAGGAAGAAACGAGGGAACUGCAGUUGAAAAGAGAACAGGCUUUCAUAGAGAGGGAAUUACGCAAAUUCGAGCAAGACUUGCAAAAGAGCCGUCCUAAAUUUUGCGGACUGUGCAGCAGAAAGAAUAUAGCUAGCUCUGACGACGAGAACUUUUGGAGAACAUCCAGCAGAGUCAAGCGGAUUCUCACUAAUAAAAGAAGGAACAGAACGAUUGAGCAAAAGCCGACGGCCGUUCAAAAGAAGGCCAGAAAGCCACUUGCGGAAGUUUCGUCUGCCGAAUCGAAAGACAGCAGGCGAUGUUCGACAAACGGAAUCGAAAUUACAUCUUUCGGUAGCAUUAAAGUGACCAUCAAGGAUAAAUCAAGCUGCGAAUCGGAAGAGCAACGAUUACGUGUCUUGAGAUCGUGUUUCGAGACUCUGCGAGAGAACGCGCGGGAUAAGCGUCGUCUCUGCGAAAUCGAGAGCCACAUCCAGAGCAUCUUGUCGCGAAGAAAACUGAAAGCGUACGUUUACCUGUGGAAAACGCAUGUGAAGAAGGUGAAAGCGCAGCGAGAACGCGCGGCGGAAAAUCCCGACGCGCGGAAGAUUGAGAUGCUUAUCGACACCAUCAGCGAGACGCAGAAAGAGUUGAAGUCGAGUCAAAGAGCGGAGUCGAAGGGUCCUCCUCCCUCAAACUCGAGAGACACCGAGACGAAGAAGAAAACUCCUUCCAGGCCGUUCUUCCACGUCGUCGAGUCGCCGGCACAGUGUCGACUGAACGCCCAAAAGGAGAUCAUUCGCAAGCAGAGGAUGAAAUUGGCUGAGCAGAGCAAGAUCAUCGAGGAACUGAAGCUGAAGCAGGUGCAGGAAGAGAUAACGAGGUCCGGCGAGGAGACGGUGAACGCGGCCAGGGAGACCCUGACCCAUUGCGGCCAGCAGACCAGAAGGACUUUGAUUCAACUAAUGAGACAAGCAGGCUACAGGGACAAAUCCUUGAUGGCGCCGGUACGGGUGCCGAGUCCUCCUAAAUUUCUGGCAAGGAUGGAAGCGCGGGCGGAAGCAAGGAGAAACAGAAUAAAGCUGCGCGAAGAGGAGCGUCAGAAGAAACUGGAGGACGAGAGGAGGAAAGAAGAGGCUGCCAGGAGGGCGGAGGAGCAAGAGCGGAAAAGAUUGCAACAAGAGGCCUUGCGCGAGGCAAGAAGAAUGCGUGAGGAACGGGAGCAGCAACGAGCACGCGAAGUAGAAAGAUAUAAAAAAUUAAAUGCCAUGGCGGAAACAUUUUAUCGCAAAUACUUGUUACGACGUUGUAUAAUCGCGCUCGUCGAAAAGAAGAAUAACGAUAUGAAGAAAGCCGAGGACUACUAUAAGCGGUGCUUACUUCAAAAAGUGUUCAUGAUGUGGAAGGUGGAGACGGAACGUCUGAAUAAAAUCAAAUCCGAGUUAGCUACAUCGUGGUACAACAAAAAUUUAUUGCGGUACGCAUUGCGGAAGUGGAAGGAAGUGGUGAAGGAGGAGAAAAGAAAAGAUCAAGUGGCUAGAGACUUCUCCGACAUGAGAUUACAGAACAAAUGCUUUAAAGUGUUAAAAAUAAAAGCUGUGCAAUAUAAAGUGGAACAACUGAAGCGUGAACGUUUAGCUUUAGACCAUUACGAAGAAAAGUUGAAAAACAAGUAUUUCGAUAUGUGGAAAAGAUAUCCAGAAGUACUGCCUACUAUCAUGGAGAGGAAGCGAAUAAGAAACAAGUGGCGGGAAAUGGUGCAAGAAAUAAUCCCAGACUUUGACCCCAGGCAAAGAGGUGUAAUAUUAGAAGACUAGUUUAACGAAUUUAGAAAUAAC